GAAUAAUGUAGGAUCCGGGCGGUGUCCCGGACCCGGAAGUGGAGUUGCCGAGUCACCGCAGUGGCUGAGCUGCUGACAGGAGGCGGCGGCGGAGGAGGAGGAGAGGCCAGACUUGAGGCUCUGUGGGGCCACAGCCGCGGUAGCGCUAGACAAGCCCACCGAGCCACGCCUGCCUCAGCCCGCCCACGAACCUCUCUCUCACUGUCCACCCUUCUAUCCACCUGGCCGCCUGCCCGCCCGACUCAUCCGGGGCGGCCUAGUCUGCACUACCCGCCGGGCUCCUGGGGCCGCCGCCCCGCGCGGUCCCGUCGGCAUCCCUGGCCGCGCCCGGUCCCUGGCCAGCUCGCCAGCCGGCACCAUGAUGGAGGAGAUCGACCGGUUCCAGGUGCCCACCGCGCACUCGGAGAUGCAACCGCUGGACCCAGCCGCCGCCUCCAUCUCAGACGGAGACUGUGAUGCCCGGGAGGGUGAGUCAGUAGCCAUGAAUUACAAACCAUCCCCGCUCCAAGUGAAGCUGGAGAAGCAGCGGGAGCUGGCCCGGAAGGGCUCUCUGAAGAAUGGCAGCAUGGGCAGCCCUGUCAACCAACAACCCAAGAAGAACAAUGUCAUGGCCCGGACGAGGCUGGUCGUCCCCAAUAAAGGCUACUCCUCGCUUGACCAGAGCCCAGAUGAGAAGCCACUGGUAGCUCUAGACACGGACAGCGAUGAUGACUUUGACAUGUCCAGAUACUCCUCAUCUGGCUACUCCUCUGCUGAGAUCAACCAAGAUUUGAACAUCCAGCUGCUGAAGGAUGGCUAUCGAUUAGAUGAGAUCCCCGACGACGAAGACCUAGACCUCAUCCCCCCCAAGUCCGUGAACCCCACCUGCAUGUGCUGCCAGGCCACAUCCUCCACCGCCUGCCACAUUCAGUAGCGGGCGGGGCCGCUGCGGCUGCAAGGGGAGGCGCCAACACGGGCCAGGUUGGACCAGGCAGGGGCUGAUCCCUCCCUAGCUCGUCCUCGUGCCCCUGGCCCUACACUCCUUACAGCCGCCAACCUCGUAACAGUCAUUGCUUCCUCCUAUGGUAGGACGUGUACCUCUGUGUGUUCAUGGAGCCGGAGAAACCAAAACCGGGUCUCUCUCUACCCCAGGGGCUGAAGAGGGGUGGGGGUUUCUUGUUCAGUUGCUUAAGGGACCUCCCCCAGCACCCUGUUCCCCUCUCCAAAGCCACAGUCUGGAGGUGGGGAGACCUGGAAGGCAGGGAGGCCAGCAGUAUGAGCUGGGAGAGGGAUCACAAAGCCAGGGCUUGACCCCACCUCAGCAAAGCCAUGAAUCCCCCAGACCCAGACUGACCAGCAAACAGGUUGGAAGAAAGAAAGGCCUAAGGCAAUGGGGGUGGGUCCCAGAACCUGGGAGCCCUCUCUAUAUGACUCCUGUCAGCCAGUGUACCUUGUUGUGUUUUCCCUUCUUCUCUAGAUGGGAAGUCUGAUAAAGUUGUCCAAGGAGAUAUUGUCCCCCUCUCAUCAGAUCACUGCCUUCUUUUGCCUCUUCCUCCCAUUCUCCCCUUUCCUUUUUCUCCAGGCGUGGUAUGACCUGUCCUCAUGCCCCUAACCAAUACAUCUAUCUCUCUGCCUUCCCUCUUCCCUUCACCAAUAACACUGGUCUCAGGUUGGAAGCAGGGUAAGGCUGGCCUCCAGUCCCCAUUCCCAACCCACCCCAGCCCAAGGUCUGAGAGUCUGGUUCCCAGUAAAACUCUUCAAGGAGCAAGCUUAGGAGGAUAUAGCAGCUGAGCAGCUGCAUGUACAUGGUAGGGAGCGCUUGGCAGAAUGUGUGUGUGCACGCAUCUCAUGUAGGACCUGCCUCUCCAGGAUUCUGUUCCUGUCAUAUAUGUAGUGUCCACAGUGGGGAAGUGACUGAUUUUUUUUACAAUGUGGGAGCCUGCUCAGCCAUGCAGUUGACUUGAGACUCUGGCCUGGGUAUCAAAAGCCUGGGUUCUGACACUCUCUUCAUGUACUGUCUUACAGCAAGCCACAUGUUUUCUCUGGGCUUCAUUUUCCCCAAAUGAAAAAUAAAAAGCAGCUGCAAUUAUUCUUAAGGUUCCUUCACACCUGAAGGAAUUUUUUCAUAGGAAUUUCUGUGGAAGAGUAUGAGGAGAUUUCUGUGUGUCUUUGAGUGCACCCAGGGGGGCCUCCCUAAGUGUGUCUCUGCAGAAAGGGGAAGUAUAUGUGAAUCUGUUUGGAAAGAAGUGUGUGUGUGUGUGUGUGUGUGUGUGUGAGAGAGAGAGAGAGAGAGAGAGAGAGAGAGAGAGAGAGAGAGAGAUUGUGUAUGUGCAUGGAGGUGUUUAUUGAGAGAGAGAGAGAGAGAUUGUGUAUGUGCAUGGAGGUGUUUAUUGAGAGAGAGAGAGAGAGAGAGAUUGUGUAUGUGCAUGGAGGUGUUUAUUUUGUAACUAUUUGGGAUGUCUGGGGAUCAGAAUGUGUAUUGCUGCUUUUGCUGCUAUUGCUGGGUUGGAGGCUGGGGGCAGGACAGCUGAGGAUGAAGAUCAAGAGAAAGGAGGUUGGGGCUGGGGAUGUCGCUCAGGGGUAGAGUGCUUGCCUAGCAGGCAUGAGGCCCUGGGUUUAAUCCUCAGCUCUGCCAAAAAAGAAAAAAAAAAGGAGAGAGAAUGACAGUGAGAGAGAGAGAAGGAGGGAGGGAGGGAGGGAGACAGAAAGAAAGAGAGAAAGAAAGAAAAAGGAGAGAAGGAGGUGAACAGGGCUCUCCCUUGGGCUGGGCAAUAUGAACCUGCUCCCAUGCAAAGAAAAAUGAAAGCACAGAUGGCCUCAGACUGCUUGGACCUAGGCCCCACAAAUUUCCCACAGGUUCAAGGAGUACUUUUCCCUGUGCUCUUGUGCUGACAUAUGACACCCCACACAUGCUGGUGUAUCCACUGUCAUGGAUACCACUCACAUGCUGCCCUCUGGACAAUAGUCCUGGGACGUGGGAACUGGAAGGGGCAGAUGGUGAGAGGAAAGAGUGAGGCUGCUGGCUUAGGAAGGGUAGCAUCUCUCUCUGCAUCACACCCAGGAGCUGCCAGGUUCAAAGUGUUGGGGUGCAACUCUAUGCUCUCCUCUCCUCCAAUCUACCCUUAUGUCCUCUAGUUAUAUAAUGAGGAAAUGCCAAAGGGAGGACAGAAUAGGGAUUUGUAAGGCCCACAAAGCCCACAUUGGCCCCCAUCUCAAGCUCUUCUCCCACCCUGAUCAGCAUCCCUGCUCCCUGUCAUCUAGGAUCCAGAGCCAGGCCUCCCACUACCACCAUCCUGGGCUCCUUACUCACCUUUCUAGAACAUGGGUACCUCCUCUUUUAUAGACUGCUGCCUUUGCUGCUGACUUACUGUGUGACUCUGGCCCAUUGUUCAAUCUCUGUGGCCCUGAGGAAAGCUCCCUCCCCACAGGACAUACUACUUUUCUGGCAGGCAAGGACUUCCAACUGAGGCAGUGUACAUGUGGCAGGGAGAGAUAGGAAGCUGGCAGCCAGCAGCUUCUACAUCUAAGGAGAAUGCAUGGUUCCCUCCUUCCCUGUCUGGGAGGUUGAAGGGGAAGAACCAAGGCCUUAGCUUGCCCCUGCCUCCUGCCCCCUUGUAGAUACUGCCUUAACACUCCCCCUACCCUUGGCUGUGGCUUUCACCCAGCCAGGUUUCUCCGCGCUCACUAAUUUAUUUCCAGGAAGGUGUGUGGAAGACAUGAGCCGUGUAUAAUAUUUUUUUUAACAUUUCCAUUGCAGUAUUGACCAUCAUCCUUGGUUGUGUAUCGUGUAACACAAAUAAUGAUAUUAAAAGCAUCAAACAAGCCA